GUAUAAACUUUAAUCACUGAUAUACUUAAAAAAUUCAAAUAUGAAAUUUAUUUUCUUACUGUUUCUGGUUGCCGCCGUAUUUUCCGGAUUACAGAAAAACAGCCUAGCCAACAGACUGCCUAGAGACAGCCUAACUAGCUAUGAAAGUGGUAACUUCACUUCGGAAGAUUGUAUUGCACCCCCGGAGUUUUGCAACCAUGAAGAAAAUUUUGAAAGCUAUCGAUGUUGGAGAUGGGGAGAGGUAGACCGAAUCUUGAUGGGUUGCAUAACAGAUGAUUGUGAUGUCAAUUGCCGUCGCACCAAAAAUAAUUUUAAGAAUUUCAAAGAUUGUAUGACUAAGGCUUUACCAGUAUGUAGUAUCUUUCAUUAACUAGUAUCUAACUUAUAAUAACUUAUAAAUGUAUAAUAUAUUGCUUUUUCUACAUUUUGCAUUAUAUUUGAUUUUUUGACUUUAUUACGGAAAGAUUUUCGCAAAUACAAAUUAACCAAAUAAA